CAGAAACAGACCGAGGAGCUGCAGACACGUUUAUCUCCUCUCUCUCUCUCUCCAUCAUGGAUCCUCCUCAGGCUCGUGCCUCGCUCUCUGCGGGAUAAACUUUGGACUUACUGUCGUAUCAUGGGAAUAUACCGCGUCCGUGGAUCUAUUCUGGCUUGAUGGAAAUCAUGUCACCACAGCAGGGAACCAUGGGACAGAAGAGGUCCGACUCUCUGACGGGAGACAGCAAAGCGCUCCCCGACAACAAGAAGAAGAUGAAGACCCUGGCCCAGAGGCGUCAGUCAGCUCCUUCUCUGGUCAUCAGCAAAGCACUUACCAGAUCCAGAAGCACGUCCAGGGAAAGCUGUCUGACGCCGGUCAGCCCAGAGUCCUGUCCUCUGGUCCAGGCUUUCCUGGCUGAGUGUCCAGGCCGCAUAUUCCUGGGCCACGCCCAAACGCAGCUGAAGACGGGCCUUCAGACCCAGGAGAGACACCUCUUCCUCUUCACGGACACGCUGCUAGUCGCCAAAGCCAAGUCUCCGACUCACUUCAAGGUGAAGUCUCAAGUCCGAGUUUGUGAAAUGUGGACUGCCAACUGCAUGGACGAGGUGUGUGAGGGCAGCACAAAUGCAGACAGAAGCUUCGUCAUGGGCUGGCCGACCUGCAACUAUGUGGCCACCUUCAGCUCCGAGGAACACAGGGACAAGUGGCUGGCGCUCAUCAAGAGUCGGUUAGCUGACGGAAAAGAAAAGGACGACCCUAAGACCAUUCCUCUGAAGAUCUUUGCAAAGGACAUUGGAAACUGUGCAUAUGCCAAGACUCUCGCGGUCAGCAACACUGACAGCACCACUGAUGUCAUCCGCAUGGCUCUGCUACAGUUUGGCAUAUCGGGCUGCGUUAAAGACCACCGUCUGUGGGUGAGCUCAUGUAAAGACGACCCUCCGUAUCCUCUCAUUGGCCACGAGUUUCCCUUCAGCAUCAAGAUGAGCCACAUCAGAGACGGGGGGAGUGGCAGUAAUGGAGGAGGGGGUUUUGGAGGAGGACCUGGGAGGGACCCAACAAGUCCCACAGAUUGUCCCGGGGUGCUGCUGCUGGAUCAGUGCCUCCCCCCGGACACCCAGUGCCAGUUUAUCCUCAAACCAAACAAGGUGAUCCAGGGACAGGCUCCACUUUUAGAGCCCGGUCAACAGAAGUCCUUUAAAAGAAAACGGUCUCUGAUCAACUGGCCCUUCUGGAAAGGCUCCAACACACAGCUGGACGGCAUGCCCCUGUCCCCGACCUCGCUCUUCCCCACUCAGGGACGGCUGUUCGGACGACCCCUGAGCUCCAUCUCCUCUGCAGAGCAUGGCCUGCCCAAGCCUGUCAUGGACAUGUUGGUGUUUCUGUACCUGGAGGGACCAUAUACCAGGGGUGUCUUCAGGCGCUCAGCUGGGGCCAAAGCCUGCCGCGAGCUUCGUGACAGACUGGACAGCGGGACCGAUGACCCUGAGAUCACACUCCAGUCUGUGUUUGUUAUUGCUGCUGUUCUCAAGGACUUUCUGCGUAAUAUCCCCGGAAGCAUCCUGUGUUCUGAUCUGUAUGACCAGUGGAUGGAUCUGAUGGAAGGGGAGGGAGGGGAGGAGAGGACACAAGAUGUACAGAGGUUGCUCCAUCUCCUGCCACCUGAGAACCUGCUCCUGCUGCGUCAUGUGAUAGCCGUGCUGCACUGUAUCCAAGGCAAUGCACAAGACAACCAGAUGAACGCAUUCAACCUGUCCGUCUGUAUUGCUCCCAGCAUGCUUUGGGCUCCAGCACCCACCACCCCUGAGAUGGAAGGAGAGGGCACCAAAAAGGUGUGUGAACUCGUUCGUUUCUUCAUCGAGAACUGCAGCAGCGUCCUGGGAGAAGACGUCACCUCACUGUUCAGAAACUUCAGCCAGAAAAGCAGCAGCAGCGACCAUGGGUCAGAUGUGUCGUCCUUCCAGAUGAACGACUCAUCCUACGACAGUCUGGAGAAUGAGCUAAAUGACGACCCUGAGUCUCCCUACCAGGAGCAGCUGCCCCUCCGAGACAAAGACAAACCAGACAGCCGCAGCCGUGACUCUGUCAUCACCCUGAGCGACUGUGACCCUGAUCCCGACCCUGACUCUGAGCUCCUGCUACAGCUCCCCCCUCUGUCCAGACCCCGUCGAUUCAGUCCUGCUGUCCGACAGCCUCGCACUCGCCAAGCUAACAGCCAAGUACAAGGUCCAAGGAGGCUAAGGAGAAGCUCAGAGCCCGCUUUGGCUGUUGUUAACAUGACACCUCCUGGUGCAGUGACGGUCUCUGCUGAUACAAACCAUCUCCCUCUAAGGAAGGCGAGUUAUGAUGCCGCCAUGGACGGGGAGGGCGAGGAAGACGAGGUGUUUAUAGAGCAGGGACUCAAUGGGCUGCAGCUUAAGGAGGAAGAUGAACAUGGAGGGGAGAAGGGAGGAGUCAAAGUCCAGAACGGUGGGAGGAGGAAGUCGAAGCAUGCCCCUCCACCUCCAUUGCGCCUAGAUGCAAGCUGUUCCAGUCUUUCAUCCCCGGCAACCUCACCCACAGGCUCCUCUCUUAGCUCUCUAGACUCCGCAUUCUCUCAGUACUCCACCGACUACACCACCAACGGAGUGACUCCAUCGACUGAGCCUGCGCCUCUCUCUCCUCUCUGUCCUGGACGACCCCAAGUGUCGCCCAAGGGCUCACCAUCUCAGAGAGAGGCGCCGCCUCAUUGGCCGCAGCCUGCCCUGCCCUUUCGGAGUAGCCAACAGCCCCAGAACUCGCAUGGUCUCCAUCCUAACACAUGGCUGAAAAAGGAUCGCCGUCUGUCACUGAGGCAGGCUGAAAACGGACACACGGAGGAAGACUUACCAGUGAUUAAUGGUAAAUCCCACCCAACCUGUAACGGCUUCUCUACAGGUACACAGGACCCCAUUACAGCCAAUCAGCGCCGAUCCAGCAGCCCUCCGUCCUACCAGCAGGCACUGCUGCAGCUGCAACGCACUCGCUCGCCCUUCUACAGAGGGACUGAGAAGCCUCUGACGGUCAGAGAGCUGAGGCAGCUCAGCGACCAGACCUGCAACUACAGACCACCAAACAACCCUACACCACAAACAGGAAGUGAGUCCACUCAGAAGCUGGCAAGUAAUGAUUCCCUGCUGCCACCUCAGGGUGUUUUCUAUGGACAGAGCGCCACCACCCUGGUCCUCCAGAGGCAGAAGUCCCAUUCUCUGACUCCUGCCUCUGAGAGUCAAAAAGGGAGGAGGACACUUCCCCUCCCCCGCCGAGCAUCUGAACCCGCCAAAGUCACAGUGAACUCUCACCCCUCCUGUAGCCUUACCCUGGACAGACCUCGCACUUAUAAGAAUCAGACCCAAAAUGGUGGCUUAAGAGUGUCUGAGGUGGAGCCAAACCACUCCGAGCCACGCUUUUGCCUGUCUCCGUCCGCCACACGGGCUGUGCAGGACUACUUUUCCUCCCAGGGUCAGGAGGAUGCAGACACCUGCCUAAGGAGGAGUCAGGAGGUGGCACUGGCUAUUGUUCAGGGGAAGAGGGAGUGGCAGAGCAGGCGGUGUAGUGACCCACGAGUGGAUGAAUUUGAACAGCUGUUUUUUGCAGAGGAGUCGUAUGUGUAAAUAAGAACUUUGUAUAGAAAAACUGUGUAUAAGAGACUCUUUUUAACUGAUAUGUGUGUAUAAAUGUUGUCAUUUUUUUGUGAUAUUACUCUGGCAAAUACACCUUUUUCACGGUCAGCCCAAAACAAAAGGGUGUUGCAAUUUAUCCGUAUGGUACAUCCAAGGUGUUAGACCCUAAAGGGAUAUUUCUGUAUUUUUGAAGUUUGGGUGUGUAAUACACUGGGCAAUAGUAGCAUUAGCCUCCAGGGAUGUCAGUGUGCUUUGCCAAAUUAAGGAGAGCACCUAAGAUCAAGCCAAAGUCUCAAGGCACGCCAUAUUCAUAUCUAUAUAAAAUCACCUCAUCAAAGCAUGUGACGAUGACUUAAUUUGGUGUAUACUUCAGUUAUAAUGUACAACUGUUCAAAUCCCCAUGACACACCAAGACUUGGCUCAAGGCCCACUAGUGCCAUACAACACCAUUUGAGAACCACUGAGCCAGACCAUACAGUGCUACAGAUGGGUACAGUUUUUCUGCAGAAUUUUGAAAAUUUUAGGUUAAAAGGGUCCAUAAAACAAUGUUUGCUCAAAUGUACACAAUCAAAAUCAUUCUGAGUGCUUUAUAUCCCCCCGCAGAAAGCCUUUGGGUUCGGCCUUACUUUGCCAUGCAAAUUUCAGCUAUGUGUUCUUCCCCUUCAGCGAAUAGUCAUCUCCUGCUUUAGUCUGUGAGCUUGGACAGAGACGACAAUAACAAACUAAACCAAUACUAGUUGUUUCAGCUCAGUUUUCAUAGAGUAAACAUAUUGUGCCAACUUGUCAGUCAUUAGUAUUAGUAUAAGAAAUCUCUGGUGCCAAAUGCGACUACUAUUGCCAAGUACCUUAUACAACCAAACCCAAAAAUGUUGAAAUAUCCCUUUAAACUGUACAGGUACUCUAUUAUAUCUGUUAAAUCCUUGUGGGGAUAUUAAUAAUCUUAAAUAUUUUAUGAAAGAAGAUUUAAAAGCGCUUUCUUGUAUUCUCCAGUGAUGUUGCUUCGUUACUCUGCUGUUAAGACCCUCAGAAAGUUAUUUAUUCAUGUCUGAUUCACUAAAAUCCUCAGAAAAGUUUAAUCCGACAUCUGGACUCCUUAACCAUCGUUAAAGCUAUUGUCAAAACAGUGCAGCGUUACAGCUCUUGUGCCAAAAUCUUGUUCUGAAAAAUAUUUUUAACUGGCAGUGUGUCCUUGCUUUGCCUUUAGAGUGUGACAUCGUUUUUUCGGUGCAUAAAAAAGAAGAAAUAUGAAAAAAGGAGCUCUUACAAUUGAAAAGGAAGGAACAAAGAGUACCUUCUUUCUUCUUCUUUAGAAGCAUAUAAAAUGAAAGUAUACUUUUGCUGCAGUCCUUGGCCAUGAGACAUUUUUCUCUGAGAUUUUUGAACAGUGAAAACUGUUUAUUCAACUUAUCAAGUCUAAGACGUUUGAAUCUUAACAUACCUACUGCAGCCCUUUUUCUUUAGAAACAAAAUCAUCAAGGUUCCAAAGGUAUCAUUGAAAACGAAUGUUGGCUCAACAGUUGCUUGUUAAUGUGCUCCCUGUAGCUGUAAUGACAACAAUAUGGUCAUGCUAAUUCUAUGACUUCAUAAAAAGACAUGCUUGUCUCCGUCAACAACACCUGCGAUGAUCUUCUAGUGCCAAAGGCCAAAAACUUUAAGGACACAUGCCCCUGCUGUACAUACUUGUAACAUCUUGGAUUAUUUUAAAAGCAUUUUUAUCUUUUAUGACCAAUUACGUCUGUAAAGUGAAUCAUUUUUUGUGUCCUGAGAGGGUGAAGUGUUUGUAUGUCUGGUGUGGUGAUACAACAGGGCUGGUAUUUAUUCGUAUAAGCGGAGUUUGUAGACACACAGCACAGUGUUGUCGUGUAGCUCUGGUUUAUAUCUGGGUGACCUUUGGGAGGCCGGGAGGGGGGGGCAGAGAAAAACUGUCAAUGUGCAUUUGUAUGAAAGAAUAUCAAAAGUAUGAUGUGAUCUUAAUAGCUUGUCCUGAGCAGGAAUGUGAGAAAACGUGUGCCAUUGAGGGAGAAAUCUCCUUAUAUUUGCAUUUAUAGCACUUCAUUAUUCUCACGGAGAAACUCUGUCAGUCUUAAAAGAAUGGCAAGGUCACUGCCUGUUGUACGUCUGGGUUCAUUUGAGUUGUAUGAACCAUUGAAAACAGUUUUUUUUUUUAACUGUUCAUAUCCUUAUUUUAUUCACACAGCAGCUAUUUUUCCUCUAUCGUGAUCGGUGUCAGAAGUUCCAGUGCUUUUAGGGAAAAAGAUACUCCUAUGAUUCAGGUAGCAAGUCAUUCAUGUUUCACCUCAGAAAUCAUUUUAAGUCACUUAUUUUUGAGAAAGACAAAAAUAGUUAAAACACAAAAAGAUUAUAGAGGUUCAAUCAACAAAUUUAAUCACCAACAAGGUAGGGACACAAUAGCUAGCAUUAGGAUCCAAGAAAUUUGUAUCUAACAGUAUUGUAAGCUAACCUUGCAAAGCAGAUGGAUUCGCCUGUUUCCGUUUUUCUUACUGGCAAAUCCAUCUUGCAAAGCUCCCAUCUGAACCAUUUGGGCCUGGUAAGAAAGUGACAGGACCAAUCAGCAACGAGGGGCAGUACUUUCGGGUGCGGCAGAGUCGUGACGUAUGCCAGCAGCGAGAAGAGGACGGUGCAGUGAUGGCAGAAGUCAUUAUUGUGGAUGCUGCUAAAGCUUUAAGUUUUAUCAGAACUGACGACAUUUCUUCAUUAAAAUAAGAACUGAGAACAGCAUUGAGCUGUUUUCAAAAACAACAAAAGUCGUGUACGGACAUGUCACCAAGUUUGCAUUAUGUAGUUCUUUAUGGAGUUUAGCCUAGUCAGUAGAGGCGCAGGCGCAGCUUGUUAGUGGCGAUGUCAUGUGUUUUGUUGCUCUGAUUGGCCAGUAAAGAUGUGACAGACAGAACGUUCAUCCAAUCAGCCUCCAAUUUUUCUUUUUUAAAGACUCUGACCUUUCCCAAAUGCUGUGUAUUGACAUGUGUUACACACAUCCAUCUGGUGUGUCAGGUUAACUGUUAGCAGACUAACAUGAACAAUAUGUAGCUAGCUACAUAGAGGCUAAUGUUCACUUUAUUUAAUUAUUAGCCAACUAACAUCGCCAUAGGCAAGGAUUUUGAGCCUUUACCAUCAUAUGCUACACUAUUAAAUUGUAGGGGUAAUGUUAGCCAUGAAGUGGUCGAACGUUAGCAGCUGUUACAUUUAUAACAGUUAUAUAAUUUAAACCUGGGAUACAUCAACAUGGCUUUUGACAGCUUCCUACCUGAACUGGACUCCAGUGAAAAAUGGCUGCUGUAUGAAUGCAAUCAUUAUGAUUAUUAUCAGUGCUGCCCUAAAGGAGUACUGAUAUAUUAGGUGACACUUUACACUAAAUGAUCUUAUUUCAGUGUGAAUCAAUUUACUUCUAAAUAAAUAUAUUAAGGAAAAAAAAGAAAAAUGUAAGUGAAAUGUAACUUUCCACAAGUAUUAACAUGGUGUUAUUAUGGCAUUAACAUGGAUUACUCAUGCUGUAAUAAGGUCAUUCUCAUGUUAAGUGUUACCAUUUAAAAUGGUCUAAAAAAGUACUUUAUAUGUAUUAUAAUUCUUAUAAUUGUUAUCUCCAUUACAGUGAAUUGUGUUCAACUUGUGUAGUGCUGCAUAUUUAUGAUACAGACAUAUCUAAUUAUAUAUAAAUAUAUUAUCUUGUUACUUUGGUAUGUUGUGUUGUGUGAGAAAAUCAAAUGUGUAUUUUUGUACAUGCCAAUUCUGCUGCUGCUGUCUCUAUAGAAAGUAUAUUUGCUACGAAACGCAACAUUUGUAUAUUGUGUACAUCUGAUGUCCAGUGCUCACAAGAACAAACUGUCUUUGAUUUUAAUAAAUGUUGCUCUUGUGAAACUA